UCAUAUUCAUAUGUAUACAUUUUUUUGGCUCUCGGUAAAAUGUGGUAGAUAUUUUAAUACCUACUCAAAUAGGGAUGAGACGUUAAGCGAUUGAAUUUCGCAUCGUAGCUAAUAAUUACUUUGUAAUUUUGAUUUUAUUUAGUAAUCGAGAAGGAGAUACUGAAACCAUACGAACAUUUGAAGAAAGUUUUAGUAUGCCUAGACUCGGACGACGAACUGACCAAACUGACUAAAAGUUCCGCAAGCGGCGUCGAACUUCGUUGGAAACUAAUCGACAAACACCCUGAACUCAAUAUUGAAUACCAUUCCUUUAAAAACUGUAAAGUCAAGAUAGAAACCGAGAUACAACCUAAGAGAAUUCUAGCUGUAGUUGCUCCAAAGCCACUAGAAACUUCAUCUCAGAUACCUAUGUAUUUUUUCGACACUCCUUUUCUGAACGAGGAUGAUGCUGAUGAGUUCUCUAACGGACUGUUCCCACUUCGUAGCCACUGGCGGUCUUUGAAACAUGCGUUCGGCCAUUAUUUGACAGUUCAUGGGUACAAGAGGUUGGUUGUUGUGUCUGAUGACUCAUAUUACAGUGCAGCGUUUGAAGCAGAGCUCAUCGAGCAUUUUAAAGAGAAGGAAUUCGUGUUUGAUGUGCAGCGUAAGCCUCACAAUGGAAAUUUCGAUCGGGCAAUGCAAUAUAUAAUAGACAGCAAAGCGUACAUAAUAAUCGUGAACAUUGAUGCGGCGAACGCGCAGAAUCUGGUUGACGCUGCGCAGACGCACGGCCUUGUGUCGAACCGUUACUUAUGGCUGGUCAGAGACUGGCCGUUUGUAAACGCCAGACCGAAAUUCUCAUUGAUGUUUUCAAUAACGCUCUCGCCCUACCUCGACUCAAAUUAUAAAGCUAUACACGAUGACGGACCUUACCUGAACAGCGUUUCGCGAGGUCUAACGCUAAUUUCUGAUGCUGUGAAGAAAGUGACUGCAAAUGAAGGCAUUGAUUAUUAUUACAAAGACAUAUACAAGCAAAUGAAACGUGCAGACCACAGUCACCUCUCCAUGGCGUAUAUACGUAAAUUUAAAUCCGGACGAUUUGUUGGCAUCAAAAAUAUAACCAUCCAUGAUUCGGGCCGCAUUGACUCUCCUUACACAAAGGACCUAGAACUAACGAGAGAAGAUUUUCCUGACUUCGAUUUACCAGAACCCUGUCUCCAAAGAUCUAGGGCCUUCAAUAGUCCUUGUAACGACACUAAUAUUGUGAUCAUCUGUGUCGUGUGGCUCAUGUUUGUUGUUAUGAUGAUUUUGUUAAGCUUCUUCUUCAAUAGAUGUCUUGUAUGGACGUAGUCACUGUAUCGCUUGUUAUCCUAUUGUUCAUUAUUAAAACCAUAGUAAAAAAAAAUACUUAUAUUUUACCAGACGUGCGGACAGUGCUUACGAGUACGAUAGCUGACGAUAACAUGUAAAACUGCCCAAAGGCCAAUAAUAGUUAUUUGUUAUACAAGGGGGCAAAGCUGUAUUUUAACGCCGAGUGUGGAAU